GAGGGGCCAUUCCUGGCCAAGGUGCCGACAGACCGGCCAGCCAGCCGCGACUCAUGAGCGACAUGGUCCUGGCGCUGGAGUGCCCCCACAGUCCUACCGGCGAUGCGGGCUGUCUCGAUGCUGGGCCAACGACGCCGAGGCGACGCUGCCCAGGGCGGUUGGCGGGCCGGCCAACAGAGCGACGGCCGACUGUGUGCUUUCCCGCGCGACUCAGCCCCCUGGCCCACAAAAGGGCAGCCGCUCCCCGCAACCAGCGCAGACCACAGGACAUCUGAUCGCGAUCUUGCCAGCGCCGAUUCCAGCACCUGCCUCUCCUCAUCUCGCCAACCCGCCCAAAGGUAUCGCCGUCCAUCCAUCGAUCCAUCCAUCCCUCCAUCCAUCCAUCCAUCCAUCCAUCCAUCUAUCCAUCCACCAUGGGGCUCCAGCUCCCCCCUCGUUUCCUUCAUGUGUUUCACGGCUGCCGCUGGCCAGGCAGAACCGCCUGUUUUCUCGUUCGAUCCGCGCUGGUGUUGCUGGAAGCUGCCUGAAUGUGUCCGCGAUCACGUCGAGAUGGAAGCAAGAUCACCCCCUGCCGAUAUCGCCUACCCACCGCCUCGGUCUGACCCACGGCCCCACAGCAGCCAUGACCUCGAGAGCCUUGCUGUCCCUCUCCCCGACCUCUCUCGGAUGUGCCCGCUUUGCUCAGCUCCGGGUCAUCCUCUGGCCGUCGCUCCACCCCCUACCCACGACCGGCCCUCGCCCCUGCGGAUCGGACUGACAGCAAGUCCGCCAGGGCAACGAUGUCGCUUCGACGCUUGGCCGUCCUUGUGCGAGCGUGCAAGAAUGCAGAACGGCACAGCAACCUGGCUGGGCGAGCGCAAACCAAAAGGAAAGCGGCACGGAUGGAGGACAGGACGAGAUCUCGGGGAGCCUGGUGUCUGGAGCGAUCACAUCGCGCGGACAUGCAACCCGAGUCGAUCCGCCGGCCAUCGUAUCAACGGACGAUCUUGUCUGUCCCACAGCCAGCGAUCCAGCUGGGCUCUUUGGAUCGGCUCGGUUCUGUUCGGUUUUGGCUCGGCUCGGCUGCAUCGUUUGCGGUUUUGGCUUGGCUUGCCUUGCCUUGGCUGGCAACUCGGCCAUGCGCGUCGCUCCAACGCUGGCUCCCUGCGUCGAACUCUGGCUCCCUCCGCUGCUCUGUCCUUUGGUGGCUUGUUCCGGCCAGCGCUCCUGGGCACCGCUGUCGCAUGGGCUUGCCCCGCCGACUAUCCCGGGGGAGCAAACACGUCCAUUGCUCGUCAAUCCCCAGCGGCUGCCGACACCACGGAUGUGGCUCGGUGCCCUGUCGUUCGCAAGAACACUCACUGUCGCCACACAACACAGUUCUCGGCGACACCGCACCCAGACGCCCCGAUCUUCAACGAUUUCUCUCCCUUUCUUUCGCCCACCUCUCCUCCUCUCUCCCUUCGAGCUCGAUCUGUUCCCUGCUGACAAGCUAACGUUGCUGCUGUGCCAUUCGGGUCCUGUCAUAAAUCCCGCGGUUCCUUUGCCCGUUCCUCACCCGAAACGUCUCUUGGACCUCCAAAUGUCGACUCUCCACAGACACCCCGUCUCCUCCACCCUUCUCCAAAAUGGCUGACGCUGAAGAACUCAUUGACUACGACGAGGAAGACGAGACCACCCAGCAGGAGGUCCACGCUGCUUCGGUCGAUG